GAAAGGGAAAACAGCUGCCGCUGCCUCAAUUGCUGCUUCCCACCAAGGCCAGCCUCUCCCGGGCGCCCCUUCGCGGAGCUGUCUGCCCUGAGGGGCCCCACCCGACUCUGUGCGGCUGCGCUCAGGUUUCCUUAAAAAAAGAAAACAAUGGAGGAAUCCGUAAGUCAAAUGCAGCCGCUGAAUGAAAAACAGGUGACCAAUUCUGCAAGUGGCUAUGUGUGGCAGGUCACAGACAUGAAUCGACUGCAUCGUUUCUUAUGUUUUGGUUCCGAAGGUGGUACUUACUACAUCAAAGAGCAGAAAUUGGGCCUUGAAAAUGCAGAAGCUUUAAUUAGACUGAUUGAAGAUGGCAAAGGAUGUGAUGUGAUUCAGGAAAUAAAGACUUUUAGUCAAGAAGGAAGAACAGCAAAGCAGGAGCCAAUACUUUUUGCCCUUGCCAUUUGCUCACAGUGUUCUGAUAUAAACACAAAGCAAGCAGCAUUUAAAGCAGUUUCUGAAGUAUGUCGAAUACCUACCCACCUCUUCACUUUUAUUCAAUUUAAAAAAGAUCUAAAGGAAAGCAUGAAAUGUGGUAUGUGGGGUCGUGCUCUCAGAAAAGCUGUAGCAGACUGGUACAGUGGGAAAAGUGGCAUGGCCCUUGCUCUGGCUAUUACAAAAUAUAAACAAAGAAAUGGCUGGUCACACAAAGAUCUUUUAAGAUUGUCUCAUCUUAAACCUUCUAAUGAAGGUCUUGCUGUUGUGACCAAGUAUGUUACAAAGGGUUGGAAGGAGGUACAGGAAGCAUAUAAAGAUAAAGCACUUUCCCCAGAGACUGAAAAAUUACUGAAAUAUCUGGAAGCUGUGGAGAGAGUGAAGCACACAAAAGAUGAAUUGGAAGUGAUUCAUCUAAUAGAAGAGCAUAAAUUGGUUAGGGAACAUCUUCUGACUAAUCAUCUGAAGUCUAAAGAAGUGUGGAAAGCCCUGUUACAGGAGAUGCCUCUAACUGCAUUGCUGAGGAAUCUAGGGAAGAUGACAGCUAAUUCGGUGCUUGAGCCAGGAAGUUCAGAAGUUUCUUCAGUAUGUGAAAGACUAUGUAAUGAUAAACUUUUAAAAAAGGCUCGUAUACAUCCAUUCCAUGUUUUAGUUGCAUUAAAAACUUAUAAAACAGGACAUGGGCUCCGAGGAAAACUGAAGUGGCUUCCUGAUGAAGACAUUUUGAAAGCAUUGAAUACAGCAUUUUACAAAACAUUUAAGACAGUUGAACCAACAGGAAAACGUUUCUUGCUAGCUAUUGAUGUCAGUGGUUCCAUGGACCAAAGAGUUUUGGGGAGUAUACUCAAUGCUAGCACAGUUGCUGCAGCAAUGUGUAUGGUUGUUGCAAGAACAGAAAAAGAUUCUCAUAUAAUUGCAUUUUCACAUGAAAUGGUACCAUGCCCAGUGACCAUGGAGAUGACUUUGUGUCAAGUAUUGAAGGUUAUGGAUGAGAUUCCAAUGGGUUGUACCGAUUGUUCUCUCCCAAUGAUAUGGGCUCAGAAGACAAACACAGCUGCUGAUGUCUUCAUUGUGUUCACUGAUAAUGAGACCUAUUUUGGAAGUGUCCAUCCAGCUGUGGCUCUGAGGGAUUACCGGACAAAAAUGGAUAUUCCAGCUAAAUUGAUUGUUUGUGGAAUGACCUCAAAUGGUUUUACUAUUGCAGACCCAGAUGAUAGAGGCAUGUUGGAUAUGUGUGGCUUUGAUGCAGGAGCUCUGGAUGUAAUCCGAAACUUCACAAUGGAUGUGAUUUAAUCUUCUGGCACCAGCACUUCACUUCACGUCCAUUGCUGGCAGUGGAUUUUGCUACAAAGAUCUAAUUACCAGCUAAACUUAACUGAAAAAUAUCCCAGAACAUACCAUACAAAACAUACCAGAAAGUUAACCUUUUAUCCUUUUUUCCGAAGGAAAGUAAGAAACCUAAAAUUAUUUUCUUGUCUACUACAUGUAAUUUAAACUGCUAACAAAUUAAACUCAACCAAUAUUUUAUAAAGCACCUACUACUAAACUCACUGUAGAAACUUUACCUCCAGCUUCUGCUUAGAAGAAAAAAAACUUCCUUUGUGAUGCAUUCACUGAAGAACUUUUUGCUUUAGAAAAUCAUUAAUACUAUUUAUUUGGUGAGAGCCAAAAAUGAAAGUGGUCCUGACAUCAUAGACUGUGUGCCAGCUUAAACAGUUUGCCUAAGCUGUGUUUAAAAUUUCCUGUGUUCUCAUUCAAAAAAGAUAACUUUGAUGAUACUUCCAUUGUUUGAAUUCCAAAUACUAAGUAUACUCUCUGGGUACACUAGACCAUGUAACUGUGAUGGAAUAUAAAAAAUGAUCUGUAAAGUUUUCUACUUGGGGCAAGGGGGAUAAGGAAUAGGGGAUCAUACCAAGAAGUUUGAGGAAGUAAUCAGAGCUACAUCUUAUCCCCUAUAAUAAUGUGUGAUCUUUAUGAUCACAUUUUUAGGAGUUUUCUUACAUAUUGAAAAUCAACUUUAACAAUUUUUAGUUAGCACUUAGAAUGCAAUGUAGGUAAUCAGAAACAGUAGCAAAUUCUUUGAUUAGCAACCUUGGAUAAGUUUAUAUUUUGAUAAAGAAUUGUUUUCUAGAGGAAAAACACUUAAUAUUACUCUAGGUUAUGAGGAUAUUGACAUAAAUUUACUACUUUAAAAUAAUUUAGUUGAUCUUGAUAAUUCCAAUAAUAAUCAAAAUUAAAUUGUCCUAAAAUUUAAAAUUUAACCCUCAGAAAUGAACAUUUUUCUACUUUGAAAGUAGAUAUUUUAAAAUAAUUAUGUUCUUAACUAUUAUUUUAGCUAAUUACAUAGUAAAUGAGUUUCUGUUAUCUAUAAUGUAAAAACAGCCACUAACUUCCUAUUGCCAGUUAUUCUCUCUGGUAACAUAAAUUUAAUAAAUUGUUUUCUGAUCACAGAAAAUAUUUGACAGAAGAUAUAUCUAUUGGUAACUUUUAAAUACAUUUUUGCAAAGGACUUUGUGACCAAUAAUUGUUUAUGAAUUAAAGCAAUAGGUUCACUAACAUCUUCAGGGAAAUUUUUAAAAAUCGAGUGUGGUUAUUAAAAUUUUUAUUUAGUACACCAAAGUAUACUAAAGAACAAAUAUAGUCUUGAUAGGAAAUUUUCUUUAAUCUUAAAGUAACUACUGAAGUUUUCAGCUUUAUUGUUCAUAAUUUUCACAUGAUUAUUCCAACAGUAGUCUCUCAAUAUUAAAACUUUAAUUUUUCAUUUAUUAUUUGUUAAAAAUUAGUAUGCAGGAAGUAAAACUAGCAAAUGAUACAGAUCUUAACUUUCCAUUUGCUUAGCCAUUAGAGAUUUGUAUAUGUUUGGUGGGGUCAAACAGUGUCAUUGUAAUUUAUAUACAUAUGUUUUUUUUCUACUUUUUAGGAAAUUUUUUCCGAACAGUAAUUUUAGAGCUGUGAUGAAGCUGUUAUUGCAACCAUGACUUCAGAUAGCCUGGGAGCAGUUUCAGAUUGCUUCCUGCAUGAGUCUUACUAUAAUUUCUUCCAUACUUUAAGGAUGUAUGAUUCCAUUGCUGUCAGUACGUUCUCCACCAAAGUAGAUUACAGUCUGUCAGUUACUAGGCAGUGUUUGAGAGCUGUCAUGGCUAAAAAAUUUGUCAUCCUUCCUGCAGCUAGCCCGACAAUGAGUCUCUCUUCAUUGAGCUAAGGUAAUCCUUAUACAGCAGUUUAUCACCGGGCAUCUCUUCAAAAGCUCUUCCAGCUUGGUAGAAUCUGCCAGACUACACUUCCUAGAUUCUGAAAAUAUAGGCCGUAUUUUUAGUUAAUCAAGCUGUUAUCAGAAAAUAUCCUUCUCAAAAUGCAUUGUUACUUCCUGUAUUUCUGACAUCAUAACCAAACUCUAAGAUAUAUUUCUAAAGGACUUGCUUAUUUUAGCCUAGCAGAUUUUAAGUGAUCACACGUUAAGAUGUUUUUGAUAACAAAACUGUCAUACCAUCCAGAUAAGAAUUUAAAGAACAUUUGAUAGAUGUAUAUAAUUGGUUAUUAAAAUUACUUUUUGAAUACAACUCCCUAAGUUAAAAAGUUAGAAGUACAGGAUGACUACUCCUUAUGGAAAUGUUGAGACUAAAAGUAUAAAAAAAAAAGAGACUAAUAACAAGUGUAAAUUAUUUCUUUUUUAGUAUCUAUAAAGACAACAAUCUUUUAUAAGUAUCUUCAGGAAUUAAUAUCAGAAUCAUUCAGAGAAAUAAUUUGUGAUCUUGGGAAAUGUUAGUCUAAUUUAAAAGAUUAUGAGGACCAUGAUGUAGAUGAUGAAUUAUUUUAUUUGUUUUUUUAAAGAACCAGAGACAUUAUAGAAAACAUAUUUAAGCCGAUGUUUAAGGCCUUGGGUUUUUUUUUUCCCCUAUCGACACAAUAAAGUUCUUUUGGGUUGUUAGAAACAAUAUCUAUCACUUUGGUUAAUGUUUUAGGAGAGGGAAAAAUAGAGAAAGGUUGUGUGUAAGUUUGUGGCCAGUGUUAAAGGACCAUGUUACUCCUACAAUUUACUCACAAUUCAUGUUGGCACAGUUUGAGAGUUGAAUGUGUUUAUGGGAAUAAUAUAGUCCUGUUAACUUACCUCACUGUCAUAUACUAAGGCACAAAUUAUGCUUUGUGAAUCAUUUUUAGCUUUACUUCAAUUAUGAGGAAAAAAAGCUGCUUUUACAGUCUUAAAUAAUACAUAUUGCUAUUAUAUCCUAAUUCUCCAUGGAAAGCAAACAUAAUCUUUCAAAAUUGAGGCUGGAGUACUGGUUGUGGAAAGGUAGAGACAGGAAAUUGAUGGCCAUCUAAAAGUAUUUGUGUGUAUCAUGUGGUAAAGGGAUUGCAAGAUUUAUUUUGCUUGGUCUCAGAGGGCAAACCUAGGAAAAAAUAGGAAAGUUGCAAAAAGACAAAUGUAGGCUUGAUUAAGGAGUUCCUAACACCAUUCCCAGAAGUGAAAUGUUCUACCUCAGGAGACAGUAGGACUCCACUCCACCUCCUCCCAAUCCUACCCGCCCCACUUCCCCACUUAAAGUCUUCAAGCCCAGGCUGGAUCACCAUGUGUUAGAUAUGUAGUAGAUUGUAAUCUGGUUCAGAUAAGAAGUCUCCUACAUGAAAUCAUAUGAUAAAAUUUAGUGCUGGAAGGGACCAGAGAGUUCAUCUAGUCCAACCCUUCCUCCCUAUACACCUGCCCCCCCAAAAUU